AAGUGGAGCUCACCUCAGCUCAGCUGCAGCAACAGCAAGCGCAUGUGAGCAAACAAAAGGGGAAUCGUGGAAGCAGUCUGUGUCCAACCGCGCCGGUAAAAGACGAAGCCUGCCCACCACGCCAUUAAAAAAGCUGCCGCACCGGGGAAAGGAAGAUCUCGGUUCCCGAACCAUCCUCAAGCUCUCUGAUCCGCUCCGGUAACAGAGUGGGGCGGUUUGGUUUGAUCUCAUUCGGCCCCGACACACCCGUCCUCCUUUGGGGUUUACCCGCCGCCCUCGCGAGCCUGGCUUGGCGGUUACCGGUUACCGUCCCCUGCGGUCGCGUUUAGUUUAAUCAAUGCGGGUGUAAGGGGUAAUGGCGUACGUAGCGUGCGCGCCAGUGGACUGAUCUCCCGCAGGAGUAUCCCACAUGGCCCGUCGUGGGGAGGAGGGAAGGGGAGGUGAGUACUGAACAACACAGCUGCGUGCUGUGCGAGGCCGCCAAGGGCAACAAGCCAAGAACGACAGAAGAGCUCUUUCAUCAGUUCUUCCUCGGUGGACUGUGGUCUGUGGGACUGAGUUGAGAAAUUGAGAAGCUAGAGGAGGAGGAGGAGGCUUGGUGGUGGCGGUGCUUGGGCAGCGUUCGAGUUGUCGGCGGCGGCCAUGAGCUGGAGGAGAGGGAGCGGCGGCGGCGGCGGAGGAGGAGGAGGGGAUGGAGGGGUGUCCAGGCGGUGGGCCGUGCUGCUCUGCCUCGGGAGCUUCUGCAUCGGCCUGCUCUUCACCAACAGAAUGUGGACACUGCCUGAGGCAACUGAGAUUGCACGGCCAAAUCAGAAGGACGAUGAAGGCGGCGCGCUAGUUGCUGGAGACUGUGGUUCUAAAAAGAUCCAAGAACUACACAACUACAAAGAUGAGUUGCCAGUUCAAGAUACUCAUCACGAUGUACAAACACUAGAUAAGACAAUAGCGAGUUUAGAGACAGAACUCUCAGCUGCAAGAACUCUGCAAGAAUCCUUGCUCAAUGGUUCUCCUGUCGCAGAAGAGUUCAAAGUUUCUGAGUCGAUUGUCAGGAGAAAGUACCGUAUGGUGAUUGGGAUCAAUACUGCCUUUAGCAGUCGCAAGAGAAGGGACUCCAUACGUUACACCUGGAUGCCUCGAGGUGAACAAAGGAAAAAACUAGAAGAAGAGAAAGGGAUCAUAAUUCGUUUUGUCAUUGGCCACAGUGCUAUAUCAGGUGGAAUUAUUGAUAGAGCAAUUGAAGCAGAGGACAGAAAACACGGGGAUUUCAUGAAGAUAGAUCAUGUAGAAGGAUACCUUGCACUAUCUGGUAAAACCAAGACAUACUUUGCUACAGCUGUUUCAUUAUGGGAUGCAGAUUUUUAUGUGAAAGUUGAUGACGAUGUCCAUGUAAACAUAGCAACGCUUGGUCAGAUAUUAUCCAAACAUGCAUGGAAGCCCAGAGUAUAUAUUGGGUGCAUGAAAUCUGGACCUGUCCUAUCUGAAAAGGGUGUGAGAUAUUAUGAGCCCGAGCAUUGGAAAUUCGGCGAACCAGGAAAUAAGUAUUUUCGACAUGCUACUGGUCAAUUAUACGCCAUUUCAAAAGACCUAGCAACAUACAUAUCCAUAAACAAGCAUGUCCUGCACAAGUAUAUAAAUGAGGAUGUUUCAUUAGGAUCUUGGUUCCUCGGGUUAGAUGCUGAGCACAUUGAUGAAAAGAGACUUUGCUGUGGCACCCCACCUGAUUGCGAAUGGAAAGCUCAGGCAGGGAACAUCUGCGCUGCAUCCUUCGACUGGAGGUGCAGCGGCAUAUGCAACUCGGAAGGCAGGAUCUGGGAGGUGCACAAUAAGUGCGCCGAAGGCGAAAGUGCACUGUGGAAUUCCACUUUGUAGCGCGAACGGAACACCGACGCGGAAGCAGAAGCUUCCCUGUCAGUUAGUUGUAUACUAGAUCGCCCACGGGUGUUGUGUAUGGUGUGUGAUUCAUUUUGUAGGUAGCUGUGAUUUGAUUCUGGGGCUAGCUGACGCCGACGAAGCGGACCACAAUUUUACGUAGAGUCUGUCCGCCGGUAGCAGCGAAGGCGAAGGUGAUGGUGAAGAAGGGUAUAAAUACGAGCUGUCGCUGCAUUCUUUUCGUGGAUAAAAAUGUUUCAGGUGGCCAUUCUGUAUCGAUCUCCUGUACCGUUUGGCCUCUGAGAUGAGAUGUAUGACCGGAAUAAAACUACCUGAAUCCUGAUGCUUCAUUUCAGUGAUUGUGGAGAAAUCCGUACCGUCCUGUUGAGAAUAAAACAGUUUAAGCUCAGUACAAAUGGUGGAGGAUGCAAUUCAUGA